UGCUAGCUAUGACUGUUCAACAAAGAACCAGGAAGACUAUGCGUAUUGGUGGGGCGAUCGGAUAUAGUAGCAAUUAAAUGAAUGGUUAAUUUAAAGCCAAACGCCUCUGACUCGUGCAUGUGGUAUCAAUGGAUAUGUGUUGCCAAAAAUCUGCAAACCCGUCAUGUGGGCUAUAGAUUUUAUCAGUGUAGAAAUUUAAAAUAAUGCAUUUGUACCCUGAUACUUAGUCAAGGCAUAUUUUUUCACUUUAAUACGAACUUAAAUACAAAAUGUGACGUUUAUUUUUCUGAUAAUGCUCUGGGUUCCCAAAAUCAAUAUUACAUUUGAUGUUAGUCGGAAUGACCCAGAUCCUAACUACUGAUGGCAAAUUUGAGUUGGAAUGGAAUCAAACUUUUUGUCCUACAUCACAAAAUAUGUUCCUCUCUGCUUGAGGUGACUUCCUGCCCUGCAAAUUCAUGUGAAUGCAGAAAGCUGAAAGGGUCAAUUCACUGAUUGGAUUAGCUGUCUUCAGAAAGAUAGUUGACUUGUCCACAUCUUUGGUUUACCCAGUUGGCAGUGCGGAGGGAUCACCCUCUCUGACUGGGCGGGGUGAAGACGGCGAGGGACGCGGAGAGGCCCGGAGAAGGAUCAGGCAGUUGGUCAGGGAACGCAAGAUGUCAAGUUUUUUUUACAGUCCCCGUGGGCGCGGGGCUGGUGGGGUGCCCUUCAGGAAGAGGAAGUCACGUUUCACCUUUGACGAGGUCCAGCUCUUGUUGAAUGAAGUGAGGAACAACCGCCACAUCGUCAUCGGCAAGUUCAACAGGGGCGUCUCGGCCGACGUGAAAAAGCGCACCUGGGCGGAGAUAACCGCUCGCAUCAACGAGAUCAGCGAAUGCCCGCGCGAGAUCAUCGAGAUCAUCAAGAAAUGGUCGGACCUGAAGUGCGACACCAAGCGCAAGGUGGCGGCCAUGAGGGCGGGGCUGGGCGGGGCCAGCUCGGCGCUGCGCAUAUCCCGCGACCUCUCGCCCGUGGAGAACAUGGUGCACGAGAUCCUGCAGCUGCCCCCGCGGGACGACGGGACCAGUGGCUACCCGGGGGGCUGGGCCGGCCUGGGGGGCGGGCGGGUGGAGGAGAACGGGGACGACGACGAUGACGACGACGACGUCCUCCUGGGAAUGCCCUCCGCCAAUGGCAGGCUGGACCUUCCUCCCAUGCUCCCCAUGCCCCAUCUGCCCCCGCACCCCCUGGGCAUACCCGUCUCCAUGGCCAUGCCCAUGCCCCUGCCCCCACACCCGCUUGCACACAAAGGAGAGCUUGCCAUGCCCCCCUCGGUCUAUGGCCUCUCUGCCCGGGAUCCGGCCUUCUCAUUGCCUGUAUCUGGGGAUGGUCCUCUUUCUUCUUAUGAAAUGCAGUAUGAAAUUCCUCACGCUGAAGACCAGGGCUUGGAUGUGGAAGACUCGGACGGGGAGAGGCGCGAAGGCCCGCGGCCGCCACCCUUCCUGGCCCCGCCCAGCCCUGCCGAGGAGGAGCACCACCUGACGGGCCUGAGGCGGGCGACCGCCGUGUCCUCCGCCCGCUCCUCGUCAUCGUCGUCGUCCACCGCCAUCCCCGCUCCUUCCUCCUCCUCCGCCGCUGCCCCCCCUGCGCCGUCCCCCAGGGGGGUGGAGGCCACGCCCCCUCCGCCGCCGCCGGCCCCGGCGAGCUCGAGCGCGCGGGACAAGAUGCUGCAGAACGCCACGGCGAGCGUGCGGGAGCAGCACGCCACCAACGCGCUGCUGGAGACGGUGUCGCGCUCCCUGGUGCUGCUCUCCGAGUCGGUGCAGCAGCUGGUGGAGACACAGCAGGAGUUCGUGCGCGACUCCCUGCGGCUGCAGCAGGAGACGGUGCACAUCCUGCGGGAUUUCUCCACCGGCGCCCUGGCGCUCAUGCGAGACAAGCUCAACGGCCGGCCGCCGCCAUAGCGACAGUAGCCUGGGUUACAGUACCCUAGGUGGAAGGGUAGGGGGAGGGCUCCCUUGGGUGUUGCAGGAGAAGGAGAGUGGGCCACACCCAAACAGAUUACCAUGCAGACCUGGCUGUCGUAUGGAAAGCAUGGGUGCUGUAGGGACAUUCCUGAUUCAGGGUAAAACUGCUCUUGUUAAAUAGAUAUGUGGAUAAGCUAGCCAGGCCCCAGUUCCACUGAUAAAUAUACAUUUUUCAAGAGUGUACUGUACGUCAAACCACUGGCUGGUUUCUUGCCUCAUCUGGAUCGUGCAGAGUAUUAGUUAGGGCACUGGACUUGUGACUGGAGAAAAUAUGGUGGGUUCCAGAGUAUAAUGGUAUACAAACAAUUAUACUAAUUUAAGAAUUAUUAACAAUUAUUUAAGAAUAAUAAUUUGGUAUUGAGUAGCCUUGAAAUUGAAAUCAGUCGACGUGGAAACUGAGGGUGAGUUGGACAGCAGGCUGGUGAUUGGCUGCUGCAAAGAUGUACCAUUAUACAACGAGCCAAUGGUAGUAGAUUAAAUGGGGGUAGCGGGGUGGGGGGCGGCGAUAUAACUGUUCUUGACAGCCAGUCAUGGCUGCUCACAUGCUGUAUGUCACUGUACAAGAAAUUGCCAAAGUGUUUGGAUGGGGAGGUGCAGCCGAACAUUGCCAUACACUAAUGGCCCUUAUAGUAGUUUUAGUCAUUAACACAACUGAUGUUUCGAAGCACCACCAGAACCCCUUGUCGCAUACGUAUUUUAAGUUAACUUAUUUAAAUAAAAUUUUAUUGACUUAAUUUUACUACAACAAAUGAGAAGACAAAAAAAGUCAACCACAGACAAAUGUUCUGUUUGUUUUUGUGAAAUAAAGGAACGGUCGUGGAAUAUUUUGCAAUACUGUACAGAACUUUUCUUUUGUAUUAUUUUCAAACCCUGCAAUGCGUUUCGUGGCAUUUGGCCCAGACAUCUGGUUGUAAUAAAGGUGAUACCGGUACUACUGUAAACUCAGCUGAUACCUGUAUUUAUUUUUUAAUGAAAGAAAUGACUAGUGAAAAAUCAUAUUGCACAGAAGGCACACAUGGAUCCUACUUUCCACCGAAGUCAUGUUGUUUUCCAUAAUGUACAUUUUCUAUGUCUUAGGAAUUGAUAUUUAGAUGAUACAGUAUUUUGAUGUUUUGUUAUAAAUCACAGUUCAUUGUCCAUACAAAAGAACAGGACACAUUUUAACCAUUGUGUCUGCAAAUGUGUUCUCAUUCUUAUUGUGACUGAAUGUUAGUUUUUCCAACCCAUGCCUUUUUAAAUCCACAUGCCAUCAGUUCCUUUGCAAAAUAAAAACAGUUUAUGUCACAGCUGUUAUGAUGCA